AUGACUAAAGAAGCUUUCACUGAUAGCAUAUCUCCAUCUGAUGAGGUUCUCGAUGAAAAGGACAAAAGGCAAAAGGCACCUAGUGUUUCCAUCUUCCGCUUGUUUCGAUUUGCUACCCUGAAGGAGAGACUCAUGAUUUGCAUAGCCAUAAUUUGCUCAGCUGGCACUGGCGCACUACAGCCAGUAUCCAUUCUUAUUUACGGUUCUUUCAUUUCCACCUUGACAAGCUCACUUUCUGACACAUCUCAAUUGGUAGAAGCGACAUUGCCCCUCAUUCAUACUAUGGUCUACAUGGGCACUGCUUCCCUGGUUGCUGCCUAUAUCUCAACUUGCUUAUGGAUCUUGACUGGAGAGAGCCAAACACGAAGAAUUCGAUCCCUGUACCUGAAAUCAGUGCUGCAUCAAGACAUGUCUUGGUUUGAUCAAUCCAAAGAAGGCUCUCUCAACACUCGUCUGGCAUCUGACACCCAGUUGAUCCAAGAUGGUAUCAGCGAAAAGGCUGGCUUAUUAAUCUCGUUCUUUGCUCAAUUUGUUGGAGGUUUUGUUGUUGCGUUUGUUAAAGGCUGGCAGAUGGCCCUGGUUUUGCUCGUCGCUGUUCCCCUUUUGGGUGCUUCUGGUGCUAUCAUGGCUCAUUUCCUCACCAAGUUCUCAAAGGAAUCUCAAGACGCAUUUGCAGAGUCAGGCACUAUUGCUGAACAAGCCUUUCAUUCUAUUAGAACAGUCUAUUCGUUCUCUUUGCAAAAACGGUUCUCUGAUCGCUACAACCAAAAGCUAGAAGCAGCUUGCCGAUCUGGUGUCAAAGGAGGCGUUGCCCUUGGGUUUGGCUUUGCGUUCUUUAUGUUCUUUUUAUUUGGCACAUUUGGUUUAUCUCUAUGGUUUGGCUCUAAGCUUGUUACCGAAGGCCACCUGACAGGUCCCUCUGUGUUUAUUGUGUUUUUGGCCAUGAUGUUGGGCUGUAUGAGCUUUGUCAAAUUGCCACCCAAUCUGUCUGCUGUCUCAAGUGCUCGUGCUGCUGCCUACAAUGUGUUUCAAGUCAUCGACCGUGUCCCUAAAAUUAAUGCUGACUCUAACGAAGGGCUAAUGCCUCGCGACGUGCAAGGAACCAUUCAAUUUGAGCGCGUUUUCUUCAACUACCCCACUCGCCCUGAUCUCAAAAUUAUUCAAGACCUUAAUUUUCAAGUAGAUGCGGGUAGUACGGUAGCCUUCGUUGGUCCUAGUGGCUCUGGAAAGUCGACUAUCAUCCAGCUCAUUCAGCGUUUCUACGAUGUGUCCUCGGGUGGAAUCUCUUUGGAUGGUCAUGAUAUCAAGGAUUUGAAUGUCAAGUGGCUGCGCCAGCAGAUGGGCAUUGUGAGUCAGCAGCCAACCCUGUUUAACUCUACCAUUCGCGAAAACAUCUUGAUGGGUAUUGACAAGAAGGUUUCUGACCAAGACAUUAUAAUUGCGUGCAAAGAAGCCAACUGCCACACGUUUAUUUCCCAAUUGCCUCAAGGUUACAACACAAUUGUAGGUGACAAUGGAGGCAUGCUUUCUGGAGGUCAGCGCCAAAGAAUUGCUAUUGCUCGUGCUAUUCUCAAGAACCCCUCUAUCCUUUUGUUAGACGAGGCAACAUCAGCACUUGACACGCAGUCGGAAAGACUGGUUCAAAACGCCCUGGACAAAGCAUCCAAGAACCGCACUACUAUAGUUGUGGCUCACAGACUCUCUACUAUUGUUAAUGCAGACAUGAUUGUUGUGAUGGACCAUGGCUCAAUCGUUGAGAAGGGCACGCAUCGUAAACUGAUUGAAAUGGGUGGCGUUUAUGCUGAUCUGGUUGAGAAGCAAGCAAUUCAUACUGACGUGGCCAAAGAAGAUACAAAUCAACUCCUGAUGCAAGAAGAGUCAGAGAUUCAGCAACACAUAUAUGUGAAUGCCAAGACAACUGCAGCCAACCAUUAUCAGGAUGACAACGAUACCAAGCACCUCUCUAUUGAAUUACAUGACCAUAUAAUUGAGGAUACUCACAUGCUUGAGCUGAUCAAGCAGAAACGUCUAGAAUCUGAAAUGAAAAAGAAGCAAGCUCCUGUCUGGAGAGUCUUUUGGCACAUGCGUCCCGAAUGGAGCUAUUUGGCACUAGGUGUAAUUGGAUCUACUGUCGCUGGCUGUAUCUUCCCCCUGUAUGCCUACGCGUUCUCUCAUGUGGUCUCUUUGCUUAGCAUACCUGGUCAAGACGUUCAGCCGAGCCCAUUAGGAGGAACCAACCUCUAUGCCUUUAUUUUUCUCAUUAUCGGUAUUUGUGCUUUUCUUGGUAGUGGGUGUCAAUUCAUGGCAUUCGAAAUCUGUGGCCAAAAGUACUCAAAACGUCUGCGUGGUGAAGUAUUUGCUGCAUAUCUUAAGCAGGAGGUCGCCUUCUUUGACGAGAACAGUACAGGUGCAUUGACUACUUCGCUGGCCAUCGACGCUGGAAAUGUGAAUGAGAUGAUUACCAAGGUCUGGGGCGAUGUAUCAAACCUCUGCAUCACCAUCAUUGUGGCAUUGGUUAUUGCAUUCACUCAUAGCUGGGCUAUUACUCUGGUCACAUUGUGCAUGUCUCCCUUUCUUGUGGCAUCCACAGCUUAUGAAUUCUAUCUACAACGUGGUUUUGAAGACAAUACAAAAGUUGCCAAUGCUCAAAGCAGCCAGGUAGCCGGUGAAGCCAUUCGCGAAGUCAGAACAGUGGCUGCCCUCAACAAGCAACAGUAUUUCCAGGACUGUUACUUUCAAGCUACUGCCCAUCCUCAUAAGCUUGCUGUGAGAAAGGCUUAUCUGUCUUCUAUUGGUGCUGCUUGUAGCAAGGGAAUCAGUAUUUACACGAAUGCGAUUGCAUUCUUUGCUGGCGUCCAUUUCAUCAAGAGCGGUAUGAUUUCGUUUCAAGAUGUGUUUACCAGCAUGACUGUCAUUAUGACAGCUUCAGAAGCGGCUGGUAGAAGCACUACCUUUGUAGCUACAUUCGCCAAGGCCAAAUCUGCAGCGAUUGCCUGCUUUGAAAUUUUGGAUCGACAUACAAGAAUUGACCCUGAAUUGGAAGGCAUUGAACCAACAAAAGAGAGUAUCCAAGGUGACGUGGAAUUCAGGAAGAUCAGUUUUGCUUAUCCUACUCGAAUCGAUGCUCCCGUAUUUAAUGGAAUGCUGAACUUACGCGGUAAACCUGGUCAAAACAUAGCUCUCGUUGGACCAAGUGGCUGUGGUAAAUCUACGACAAUUGGUAUGCUUCAGCGCUGGUAUGACCCUCUACAAGGUGCUGCUUGCUUGGACGAACAGGAUGUCAAGAACUACUCUCUUCAUAACCUUCGUAGUCAUAUGGCCAUCGUAACUCAAGAACCUACGCUGUUUGACCUGCCGAUUGUUGAUAAUAUCCGCUUUGGUAUCGACAAAAAUGAACCCAUCACCCAAGCUCAAAUUGAGGACGCAUGUCGAUCUGCAAAUAUACACGAUUUUAUCACAAGUCUCCCAGAUGGAUAUGAUACAUUUGUUGGUGCUAAUGGAUCUCAAAUCUCUGGUGGUCAAAAGCAAAGAAUUGCUAUCGCUCGUGCCUUGAUUCGUCAGCCCAAGGUCUUGUUGUUGGAUGAAGCCACGUCAGCUUUGGAUAGUGAUAGUGAACGCCUUGUGCAAGAAGCGCUAGACAACGUGUUGCAAGAAGGAGGGAGAACUACAAUUACAAUUGCACAUCGUCUGUCUACUAUACAAAACGCUGAUAUGAUCUGUGUUAUUGAUGAUGGCAAAGUAGUGGAGCAAGGCACACACUACGAAUUAUUGGCCUUACAUGGUCGCUACGCUGCACUGGUGAAUGAACAAGUAUUAACAGCCCUCUAG